UGAGCGUUCAGCUUUGCUGGGACAGGGCGAGAAAGAGAGCCGCUCCUGGAUCCAGCGUUUCUCAUUCCGGACUAUGUCUGGGGGACCCUCAGGAGAAGCGGAGAGGACGGCGCGCUGUUGAACUCACUGAAGGCAGCUUGCAGAACCUGUGUUCUGCAGGGGUGAAGAUGUGGCUGGAGAGCAACCUGUCAGUGCUGUCCAACGAUUCGGCGCCCUGGAAUCUGGCAGCAAGAGUGUGCAACAGUAGUACCUGGCUGGCUCCCCAGGACGUGAUGGUGGGUGUCCUGCUCACUCUCAUCGAUCUGGUCACUUUCCUGGGCAACACUGUCGUUUUUAUCUGCCCAGCUGUGGAGAAGAGACUGAGGACAGUCACCUACAUGUUCAUCAUGUCUUUGGCCUUAGCAGAUUUAUUGCUCGCUUGCCUUGUUAUGCCCUUCAGUAUUAUCUAUGAAGUGACAGGAAUGUGGAUGUUUGGUCGUCAGUUCUGCAAAGUCUGGAUCUCCUUCGAUGUCAUGUUCUGCACAGCCUCUAUUGUAACCCUGUGCUUCAUUAGCCUGGACCGGUACUGCUCGGUCGUUACCCCUUACAACUACCCAAAGAGGAUGUCUCGCAAAAGAUGUAUCAUCAUGGCCGUGACCAUCUGGGUCUACUCCUCCCUGAUAUCCUUUCUGCCAGUGAUGCAAGGAUGGAAUGAAAUACCUGGCGUCAAUUUUGACGCUGGCACGGAAUGCGUCUUUGUGACCAAUUGGACAUUUGCCAUCGUGGCGUCUGCCUUAGCUUUCUACAUCCCCUUCCUGAUCAUGUGCAGCAUGUACUUCUUCAUCUACCGGGCCUCCCGACUAAAAGCCACCAGGAUCAUGUCGCAGACUCUGGAUCUCCACUACCACCCCAACAGCAAGCGCCCCAACAACUUGCAGCUGGAGAACAAGGCCACCAGGACAAUGAGCAUCAUCAUCUCGGUCUUUGUCAUGUGCUGGCUCCCAUACUUUGUCUUGAAUGUUUGGCUGGCGGUGCAUGGUGCCGAGGAGACCAGUGAUGUCAUCGUGCAUGUCUUCAAGGUGAUAACCUGGCUGGGGUACUGUAACUCCACCAUUAACCCCAUGCUGUAUGCCUUCCUCAAUCGUGACUUCCAGCGCGCGCUGAAGAAGCUGCUGAUCUGCCAGCGUUGGAGCUCGCAGGUGGACAUUGGGGAGGACAUGGUCUCCAUUGUGACCUUCUCAAAGACUGCCCAGGAUACAGAGUACAAUACCAAGGUGACUGGAGUUCCCAGUGGAAGCAAAAGCAAAUCAAAGCAGUAGGAAGAGUUUAAGCAGUGGCAAGAGCAAUGUGUGGAGGUGGAGCAACUGCGCCGAAUGGCCCGUUUCUGUGCUGUAAACUAUGUCUGGUUCUGUAUCACACAUCGAGGCCCAUCCUUCUGUACUGACCCUCUCAUCGUGCCCCUCUCAUUCCUGCACCGUCCACUUCCUUCCUUGCUCUGCUAAGAUUCAUCAGAUCCUCUAAGACUCCAACUCUUUCUUCAGAAACACGGAUCCCGUCUCAUCCCCCAGCCUUUCCUUCCACCCGCAAGUCACGGAACUCAGGUUGUUGUUGCUGCUGCUUCUUAUACCAACACCUUCCCUACGACUUUUAUGAGUCUUGUGGACCUCUGUCUUUUGCUUGAGGUUUUUUUCAGUGUGUGUUCGCUGAAAGCAUCCAAGAGGGUGUAGCAAGUGAAAUGUUCCUACCCUUAUUAUUAUCCUUUGAGACUAUGGUUGUUAAUGCCACAGAACUUGGUUCCUGCAUUCUCUGUGUUACAUGUGAUGCAGUGUUAAGUACUUUGUGCACUCGUUAGAGCAGUGAAAUCAUCAAGAACCUUAUUUCAGUUUGUACAAGACACUGAAUAGCUUGUCCACUUGUCAAAAUAAACUUGUGUCUGUUCCAUUACCAUCACACUAGUAUAUGUGACAAGAGGUAUUGGCAAAGCCAAAUAACCAGGGCCACAUUUUAAAUAAGAACCACUUCCAAAUAUACAGCACCCAUAACCAGGUACAAACAUUAUGAAAUGCUCAGUAGGAAGGUUAUUUGAUAUAAACCUAAGGAGAUAUUAGGGGAGAUAAUUGAAAGAUCAUUCUAAAAGGUGGCUUUUAAGAAGCAUCUCAGCAGGUCAGACAGCAUUUAUGGAGAGAAAUGAACAGUCAAUGUUUCGGUCCUGAUGAAGGGUCUGCAGUCUCUCUUGUGUCUUCGUUUUAAGAAGCAUCUGAAAGGAGAAAGGGGGCGAGGAAGUUCAGCAAGUCACAUGUACAUUGAAACACAGUGAAAUGCAUCUUUUGCUCUGGGUCCGCAAGUGUCGCCACACUUCCAGCGCCAACAUAGCAUGUCCACAACUUCCUAACCAGUAUGUCUUUGGAAUGUGGGAGGAAACCGGAGCACCCAGAGGAAACCCAUGCAGACACGGGGAAAAUGUACAAACUCCUUACAGACAGUGGCCAAAAUUGAACCCAGGUCACUGCUGCUGUAAUAGCAUUAUAUUAACUGCUACACUGCUGGGUUUCCUUAUAAAUGCAUCCAUUGGCAAUGCACACUGCCUCCUUGAGGUGGGAUAUGGCUUGCUUAUCGUGGAUAUCUGUCACAGGGAGCAAGAAAGCUCUCGUACACUCACGCAUCGUUGUUCCAGAACAGACGUGCAGUGCUUCAUCAUCAAUGUACAGAGGAUUCCAAACAGGUGAGGCAAGUGGUUCCAGCAUCCAUGGAUCCAGUGAUUCCAUAUGUGGGAUCAGGUGCUCUGUGUUGCUCCAAGUCAAUGUGGUUGAUUCUGUCAUUGCCUGCUCCAUCCCUAUUUUCAGGUCCGGUACUUUGUUCCUCUGGUUCAGGGCCACUUGUUGGCAGGAAGCAGUGCCAACCCAAAGCUGAAGAUCUAAUGGGGUAACAUGAAGAAAGGAGAUGGGUGGGGUGAGUGGGACAGAGCAUGGGGGGGAGGUGGUCGCUUACCUUUAGAGCCAUCCAAGUCUUUCCCCUUUUAGCUGCUUCAGUUUAAAGGGUUAAGAGAAGCUGGGUAUUUCUUCCUUAUGACUGCCCACCCCCAGUUGGGAGAGAGAAGUGAAGACAGAAUGCCGAAGCUCCCCCCAGGUCUAGGUAGUGGAGACUGGGCCCCUUGUCUCAGUAAUUCUUAUUCUUCCUGUAGUCGAUAUAUUUAAUUCCUUAAGCAGUUUGAUGGUGUUCAAGUGUUGUGUCAUGUUGGCCACUGCCAAUUCUGUCUAAACAAUUUCAUCCCCAUCCACUCAAUCACACCUCCACUGUACGGCUGUGAAAUUAGCACUAUAACUAUUGUUCUCUGGCUGU